CUCACACACAUACACACACAGUCUCAUGCGUACACUCACAUUACACUCUAAAGCUGCUUAAUAGGCAGGAAAAACACUCAGUCUGACUGAGUCGGCAGCCUGCUGCCGCAGGACAGGACGGAGGACAGCGAAACGAAAGGAGACCAGGAGGGUGAAACCUUCGUCCGGGGUUUGACUCAGAGCAACAGUUCCACCGCUGUCAUUUUUCAGAGGUCGAGCGUUCCAGGGAGCUCUUCAAAGAAGCGUCCCCCUGAAAAAGGAAGAGAGGCAGCAAGGGCAGGAGCAAGGGCAAGUACAGCGUCUCGCGAAGGUUGCCGUGAAUGUCCUCUUCGUGUCCUCAUGAGAGCGGGCAGGAUUCCUGGUGUAGUUCGGGGUUCAGGAUGGCACGGAGAACAGCGGGCGAAGGCUCCCCGAAAAAAACCACAUCCCUCAACCUGGUGACGGGGUUCUUUCACUACCUCCGCGAUGAGCAGGAGGCUGUGCAGAAAAGGACAUUCACAAAAUGGAUCAAUUCCCACUUGGCAAAGCGUGUCCCUCCGCUGGUGGUGACGGACCUGUUUGAGGACAUCAAAGAUGGUGUGAUGCUGUUGGCCUUGCUGGAAAUCCUUUCUGGACAUAAACUGCCAUGUGAGCCAGGGAAGAAGCUAAAGAGGAUCCACUGGGUGGCCAACGUCGGUACAGCUCUAAACUUCCUUCAGGGAAGGAAGUCUGCCUACAGAGGAUCUCCGAUCAAGCUUGUGAACAUCAACUCCACAGACAUUGUUGAUGGACGGCCAUCAAUUGUAUUGGGGUUGAUGUGGACCAUCAUCCUCUAUUUUCAGAUUGAGGAGUUAACCAGUAGCCUUCCAGAACUUCAGGCCUUGUCCAGCAGCACUUCUUCACUGGACAGCUCAACCAGCAGCACUGAGACCACCAGCUCACCGGUCAAAAGAAAAACCUUCCCACCUCUGCAGGGCGGAGCCAGAAAGGCCCUACUGAGAUGGGUUCAGCAGACAGCCACCAAACGCCUGGGGAUUGAGGUGAAGGACUUUGGUCCCAGUUGGCGCACGGGCUUAGCGUUCUUUGCAGUCAUCCAUGCCCUUCGGCCCAAUCUAGUUAACAUGGAGCAUGUAUGGAGGAGGCCCAACCGAGAAAACCUGCAAGAAGCUUUCUUACUGGCUGAGAAGGAGCUAGGCAUUCCACAACUUCUUGACCCAGAGGAUGUCGACGUAGACAAGCCAGAUGAGAAAUCCAUUAUGACAUACAUAGCCCAGUUCCUGAAGCAUCAUCCGGAUCUAGAGCAAAGCGACUCAGAUGGACAGCGAGAUGAAGAGAGAGAGCAGCGAAAGAGCCUGAGGGAGCACAAAAUGUGGCUCAACCAGCUGGAGAGAGAUGCAAUACAGGCUCAGGAGACUGAGGGAAAUCUCGCUCAACAGUACCAGUUGUUCAAGAGGCUGCACGUCCAGUUGGAGAUGAGGAGGAAGCAGGUGGAAGGAGCUUUGCAGUCCACUCAAAAGGAUGGGAUGCUGACUGUGGAUCAGGCUCUGGUCAAACAGGCCUGGGAAAGAGUCUCUAAUAAGCUCUUAGACUGGCAUCUGCAGCUGGACAGGUCCCUGCCAGCUCCUCUGGAUAUUGUGGGGACAUGGCUGCAUGAGGCUGAAGGCGCCUUACGACAAGAGAUUGUCAUACAACAGGCACACGACAUGACAGCCAACGCCGUCCACGGGGCUCUGGAACAGCACAAGGAUGUGUUGAAAGACCUGGAAAGUCACCAGCAGAUCUUUCAGAGGAUCCAUAAAGACAGAAGUGUUGAUGGAGUCCCUGUCAACCCAGACCAGCUCCAAGACAUGGCUGAGAGGAUGAACUUUGUCUGUACGUCUUCCAGCAUCCACCUGUCAAGAAUGGAAUUCUUGGAGAACAAACACCACAUGCAGGCUUUCCUCACUCUGACUGAGUCCAAGCUCAAAUCCUGGAUCAUAAAAUACGGCCGUCAGGAGUCGGUGGAGCUGAUGCUCCACAACUAUGUUUCAUUUGUGGAGGAGCAACAUUUCUUUGAGAAUUACGAGGCGUUGUUCCAGUCCCUGAAACAAUCUGCUGAGGCCUAUGUCAAUGCUGAUGGCUCAGUGGACGAUGGUGAGACGGGAGUGCGUCGGUUCAUGCGGGAGGUGGUGACUCAGUGGAGGAGUUUGUCCAUGGAAGUGCGCAGUGUGAAGAGCAUGCUGGAGGAGGUGCUUUCCAACUGGGAGAGGUACACCUCAACAGUGGCCUCCUUCCAGGCCUGGCUGGAGGAUGCUGAGGAAGCCCUGAGGCAGCCAGACAAUAUAAAACGGGAUUUUUUUAGGAAUCUCAGCCACUGGAUGGAUCAGCAGGCAGCCAUGAACGACGCAGGGAAUUUUCUCAUUGAAACAUGCGAUGAAACCGUGUCGCUUGAUCUCAAGCAGCAGCUGCUUCUUUUGAAUGGACGAUGGAGAGACCUUUUCCUCAAAGUCAAACAAUAUGCCCGUGCAGAUGAGCUGGAGAAGUGGAGAACGGACUAUCUGAAGGCCGUGUCAGCCCUUAAAGAGCUACUGGACACAGCAGAGGCAAAGCUCAACGUUCAUGUCCAGGUGUCCUUCCUCAAUGUCAGAGCAUUUCUGCAGGAUGUGGAGAAUACCAAGCUAAAGGUUGUUGCCAUGGAGACACAAUACAAGUUGGCUGCCCGCAGCGCUAUGCUCCUUGCCAAAGAUGCACCGCAGGAUGAGGCUGCCAGGGUCAUGGCAACUAUGACCACAGCCAAAGGUCAACUGAGUAAGGUGAGAGAGCGGUGUCCCUCCGUUGUGAGGGAGUGUCAUGUCCUUCUGCCACUGUUGGAAGAGAUGGAGAAACACAUCACUGCUUUUUACCAAGCCCUGGAGCGGGCCAGCCGCAUCACACAGAGCCAGAACCAACAAAAUCACAAGUGGCAGGAUUUGUUAAAUCAGCAGCAGAGCUGUAAACGCUGUCUGUCAGUGAUUGAGAGGAAUCACCACACAUUGCAGAGGGCGCUCUCCACCAGUAAAGUGCUCCGAAACGUCGACCUCUCCCUGCUGCAAAAGAGAGUGGCUGAAAUACAGAGCUCGGCGCAGGUUUUGCUGAAGGAGGUUGGAGAAUGGAGAAGGCAGGAGGAGGCCAACAACUGCCUGAGGAGGAGGUUUGAGGAAUCAAGGCAAGAGCUGGAGAGAGCACUGAAAAAAUCUCAGAGCUGCUUGAGAGAGACCGGAGACGCUGAGGAGUUACUUAAAAAACACCAUGAUUUUUUGGGCCAACUAGACCAGCGGUUACUGAGUGUAUUCUUGAAGGCAUGUGACGAGCUGACUGACAUCCUGCCGCAGGAGGAGCAACAGGGGCUGCAAGAAACGGUCCGCAGGCUGCACAAACACUGGAAGGACGUCCAGGCCGAGGUACCCUCUCACCUGCUUUGUUUAAAAGUGAAGGUGGAGCAAAGUCGAGUUGCUGUGAUCAUACAAGACUGCAAAACAGAGCUAGAGAGAGAAAUACAAGCCCUCUCUGGUACCUGCACCAGUGAGCGGAUGAUUAAAGAGCACAGGACGUUCUUCAGGGAACGAAAACCUCUGACUUUGUGUGAGAAGAGGAUUAAAAACAUGGAGGAUCUAUGUCAUCAGUUGCACGACAACGACCCGGCUUAUCGAAUGCUAGACUCUACAAGAAGAGCUGUAGAAGAGGUUAAAGAGCAAAUCAAAAGCACCCACCUCAAACUGGAGCAUCACCCUGAUAAGUGGAAGAAGUGGAACGACAGGUUCUGUGAGCUUUCUGAUUGGCUCUCAUCUCAGAGGAGGCAGCUGAGGCUCCUGAGAGAGACAGCAAGAAAUUCUGCCCAUCAGGAGCAAGUUAAUGCAGGUGUUCAGGCACUGCAGGAAGCAGUAGAUGCCAGAGAGGAGAGCCUGUUGUGGCUUAAGAGCCGCCUGGCCGCACUUUCUGAGGUUAGCUCUGAACUGGAGGUCCAAAGACAGAGAACGGCUCUGGCCAAACUCUCAGCUGACCUGCGCGCACUCCUUUCUUCUCUCUGUCAGUGGGGUGAGGAGGGCUCUGCUAGGUUCCAAUACGAGGAGCUGAGGGAGGAGGUGCACGGUGCUUUGGACGAGGUUCUAAGAGUGCGAAGGGAGUCUGAGGAGCAGACCAGCAGGAUUCUGAAUGCUGAGGACCUGGAGGAGGCCAAUCAACUCUAUCUUAUUCACCAGCACCACCAAAAGCGCCUGGAUGCUACCAAGAGAGAGGCGGAGCUUCUGGUGGCCCACUGCCACCAGCUGCCGAAGGGGGAGGGGCUCAGUCAGUCGCUACGGGAGCUCGAAGGAGCUUUCACAGAUGUCGACCAUGACUCAGGGGCAAAAGAGCACAACCUGCAGGCAACGUUGAGCUCCUGGCAGAGUUUUGAAACAGAAAAAGAAACAGUUUGUAGGUUUAUUAGCAAUACCAGAAAAGAGCUGCACAAAGAGCUUAUUUUCAACAAUCUGGACAGCCUGAAAACGGAGCUGGAACAGAACAAGGAGCUCCUCACAAAGGUCGAGGAGUGUUUGGUGCGUGCAGCUUUCCUACUAGAGAAGGCAGAAGAGAUUCAGCUUGGUCCCAAGAAUCACACUCUUCUUCUACAGCAGGCCGAUUCAACCAGAGAAGCACUAAUGCAGCUUGAGGACCUCCUGAACAAGAAUGUUGUCCAGCUGGAGAAGAUGUGUAUGUGGUGGGAGCGCAUCUGCAGCCAAUCAGAGGCUUUCUCUCUAUGGAUCAGGGAGAAAGAGAUGGAGCUGGAGGCCGUGAACUCCACCUCUUCCUCAAAUCCCCUGGAUAAACACAUCAGCACGGUGGAGGCUGUGGCAGAAGGUCUAGAGGAGAGAAAGGCCACACUAGCCCACAUGGAGGUGGACUGUGAGGCCCUGUCGGGGUUUGUGACCCCUGGAGAGACCGGACGUAUCCGGGCUCGACUCGCACACAUGAGGCGCCACUGGGAAGAGUUGAUGGGGAGAGUAGAACAGUUGGGAGGACAGCUCAACCAGAGCGCCUCGUACUGGCAGAGAUACAACAAUAAUCUCGAACAGGUCAAGAAAACAAUGACUGACCUCAAAGAGAAGCUUAACUGCCCGGUCACACACUGCUCAUCUUCAUCAGAGACCUACAAAAACCUCCAGGAUCAUAUAGAGGUCUGCCAGGCUGUCGAGCAGCUGAACCCGAGGCUGAUGGCUCUGUGUUCGGCAAUGAAGAGGCUCGGAGAGGGAAGCCAGCUGGAGGAAGAGGUGGCUAACCUCCAGAAGCAACAGCGAGAAUUUUCGGAAAAGGCAACAGAAAAGCAAUCGACAUUACAGACCCUUCUAGCACUUUGGCAGAGAUUCGAAAAGGAGGGUUCAUCCAUGAAAACCUGGCUGAGCAGGUGUGAGUCUGUUUGCUGUCCAGACUCAGACCUGCUUUGUGUGGACAAAAUAAAGCUUAGGAAUGAACUGCUGAAUAUACAAGAGAUGCAGGGGGAGACAGCAUCCUAUGAGGUUCUUCUGCAGGGUCUUGUGAAUCUCGCGCUAUGUCUGUACCCCACAGCACCCGAAGCUCAUAUCCAAAAGAUCAGCAAUGAUCUCGUACAACUACAGGAAAGAUGCUCCGCUGUGAAGAACAGCACAUCACACAGGCUUGAGCUGCUGGAGACACAGUUGUCCCAGCUGGAUCAGAUGGAUCAGGCACUGCUGACUCUGACCCAAAGCAGUGAAGACUUCAUGUCUCGCUUGAGAAGCUUUUCCCAGGUUGAUAUUGCUGAUCUUGAGUCUGCAAUUAGUAAGCUGAAGGAGCAUGAGGUGCAACUGCAGGCACAUGCAUCUCUGAGAGAAACUCUUCAGCAAAGAGAGUCCUCCCUGCUUCGCCGCUCCACCUCAGAAGCCCAACAGCAGCUCCGGGCCUGGAGAGAGGACUGCCUAGAGCCCCUAAAUGAAUCCCAGCGUCUCCUCCUCCUCCGUAAAGAAUGCCUCGCUGAGUUAAAAGCUUUUUUUGAGAAGCAUGGAGCCGCGGCUAAGGCCGUGCGCCGCCUUCACGAGGCCGUGGAGGGCAGAGGGAGCUGGGACCGCUCAAAAGCUGAAGAGCUGCACCGUGGAAUAGGAGAAAGGAGUAAAGAUGUGGGCAAACUUGAGGCUGAGGCAGUUGGGUUAGAUGGGAAGCUAAGCAAAGCGCACCUUAACCUGAGUGGGACAGAGUGGCAGGGCUCCAAAGACGUGAGCCAUCGUCAGUCAAAAAUGUCUUGCAGGGGGCAGGUAGUGGCUCUCAUGAUUGCUCUGGAAGAGGUCCAGAGGGAUGUGGGAUGGAGGCAGAGUGAGGCAGACACUCUAGGGGCAUUAUGGAGCUCCUUUAGGGAGAGGAGGGAGGAGGUGAUGAAGAAUUUGAAGAAACUAGAGAAUGAAGCGCAGCGAGAGGGGGGCCGAGAGAGCUCUGUGCAAGCUUUUCAAAGCAGGUUACGUUAUUUUGUCCAGCUGGAUGAUGAGCUCCAGUCCCUGCAGCAUUCCCAGCAGUGGUUGGAGGAGAAGGGAAGCCAGCUGGCCCAGAGAGACAGCGAGCUGGCUGGGGAAGCUCUCAGAGAGGUAGCACUGGUGAAGACCGCCUGGGAGAGCGUCAGGACUCUGAUCACCAAGGGUCAAGAGCAGAGUGAAGUUGUAGUAGAUCUUCUCCGCCAGUUCCACCACUUGAAGUCAACCCUCAUCACUGUCGUUGAGAGUGCUCAAGCUGUUUCUUACAAUUUGCCUGACCACAGCCAUACCGCUCAGGAGGCCAAAAGGAUUUUAACACGACAUGAUACGGUCCAAGCCGAGCUGAGAGAAAAGCAGGAAGCAAUGGACCAGCUCAUCAGCACAGUGGAGGACCUGCAGAGAGAACUGGAGAAGAUUCCCAACUCUGAUGCAAGCUCCAUCCAGAGAGACAUGGAGACGUUAAGAGACCAGUGGCUGGAGGUCUCAGAGAGAAUACAAACCAACACAGAGAGACUGGGCUACUGUGUAGCACUGUGGAAUGACCUCAAGUCCAUGGAGCAGGACAUCAACCAAUGGGCUGCCGGCUCCAUCGCUGAUAUCACCGACAGUGUUACCAACCUCGGUGAUGAAGAGCAGACGGAGGUCCGUCUCGCCACAUUUCAGGCUGAGGUCGAAAAGAGGGAACUGAGGCUGGAUACCUUGCAAGAGAGAGUCACAGAGCUGAAGGAGCGAGCUAAACUGCAAGAAACCCCGAUUCAAAUGCAGGUCCUGGAGUCGGACCUGAGGAAGAAAAUGGCCCAUGCUCGAGAGGUGUACAACCAGGCCAAACACACUGUGACGUACUUCAGUUUCCAGAAGCAGCGAUUGGAGGACCUCAUGUCCCAGAUGGCCGAGCGGCUGGUGGCAGUUGAGGGCUCCUUAUCUGACCUCACUGAAGCUACUUCUCCCCAAGACAUUGGUACAGUAAAGGACCUGCAAAGCGUUGUGCAGCAACAGAGGGCAGACAUGGACUCAGCGAGGGACGCUCUGAGUGCGCUGUGCAGGUCUCAUCCCUCUCAGGAGUUGUCAUGCCUCUCCUCUGACCUCACCUCCAUUGUCAAGCGAACAGAGGCUGUUGCCCAACGCUGUGCCAAGACCAAGGGCAGCCUGCAGGAUGGGCUGCAGCUCCACUUCAACGAUCUCAUCCAAGACUUCCACUCCCGGCUCACAGAUCUGAAGUUGGAGCUGAAAGAAUGUUCCAAUCUAUCAGGGGAUGUUGCGGUGCUUGGAGCUAAGUUGCAGCGGUUAAAGGUGUCAGUCGAGCGGAGAUCUGAGGGGGAAGAGUGUCUUUCUAAGGUUCGUGUGGAAGCCGAGAGGCUACAACUCCACUUGCCUAAAGCUGGAGCAGCACAGAUCCGAGAGCAUCUCUCCUCCUGUCAGAAAGACUGGAGGAGCUACCUGGACUGCUGCUCUCAGAGCCAACGAGACUUGGAAGAGAGUAUUGACCUCAUGAGAAACUUUAAUGACUGUGUGGAGGGAAUGAGAGCCUGGCUUAAGCAGAUGGAUCUCAGCCUCAAGAGAGAACCCGUUCUUGGGGGGGAGUGCCAGCAAGGAGCCCAAGACAUCACAGAAGAGCUGAAGAGGAUAGAAAACCUCCAUGAGGAAUUGCUUGCAAAAAGGGACUCCAUCGAGCAUCUCGGCCAGGAGGCCCAGUCUCUGUCUGAAGCAUGCCGGGGAUCAGGAGGGGAGGUCAGAAUGACAGGCCAGCUCCAGAUGGAGCACCAGGCCCUGUUGAAGGCAGCCAGGGAGAAGCUGCGAGGCUGCCAAGGGAGCCAGGCCUUUGGAGAGACCCUCCAAGGGGUUUGGGCCUGGCUGGAGGAGAUCCAGGAGAGACUGGGUACUGUAGACAGCACCAUGGGGACCAAAGAGCAGUUAGAGCAGAGGCUGGAGACUGUGCAGGACAUCCUGCUUUUGAAGGGGGAGGGCGAGGUCAAGCUGAAUAUGGCGAUGGGUAAGGGCGAGUUGGCCCUGCGCAGCUAUGGAGCCGCCGGACAGGAAGUAGUCCGCUCUCAGCUACAGGAAGUGGAGGACGCAUGGGCCACGCUUAUUGUGACUGCCAUGAGCUGCCACAGUCGAUUAGAGUGGACCGUGUCGCAGUGGGGAGGAUACCUGGAGAGUGCUUCCCAGCUGCGAUGCUGGAUGGAGGCUGUAGAGAGAGAGGUGUGUGCCCCCCUCACCCCUCAGCCAGGGCCCAGAGAGAAGGCCUCCCAGUUGGAGAGACUCAGAGCUCUGUUGGCUGAUCUGGAAGACCAUCAGGUGGCUCUGUCCAGCCUCGAAGAGAAAGCCAGAGAACUGUUCAAGAAGACUGGCGAUGCCAGCUUUAAUCACGGUGCCCGCACCCAACUGCAGGGCCAGUUUGAUGACCUCACAGCCUUGGUGGAGGAGAGAGUACGUCUAUCACAGGCCGUUGUGUUGGAACACCAAGAAUACCUGGAGGCUGUUCGGGAGCUCACUGAUUGGCUGAUGGGUGUCGGAGAAAAGCUACAUCACUGGUCUGAUACGUCAGGGGACUCUGCUUCCAUCAAAAAGAAACUGUCAGAAGUGAGGGAGCGCGUGGAGUGUCAGCUACUGGAGGGCCGAGAGCGCCUCUGCCGGGUGCGUCGCAGUGCGGCGUCCACCGCAGAACACACGGCGGCAGGCGGCUGCGAGGCCAUGGACCGCCAGCUGGGAGCGCUGUCCCAGGCCCUGGAGCAGUGGGAAGGGGCCGCGCUGAGGGCCAGGGACGACUUGGAGGGGGCCCUGGCUGCCGCUGCAGCCUCGGAGCAGGAAUACCACCGUCUGACUGCCCGGCUGGAGGACGAGUUGAGGGAGCUGGAUGGGCGGCUGAGGGUGUGGAGCCAGGAGUUGUUUAAAGCUGAAGGGCGGAGCAACGGCGAGGAAGCAGUCGCGGGGUGGCAGCUGGCUAAGGAUGUACUGGAGGGCUUGCAGAGCGCCGAGCCGAUGGCAGAGAGGUUGAAAGGCCAACUUAACGACCUGGUGCGGUACUCCGGGGACCUGGGCUCACAAUCCGACCGGGUCACCGCGCUUAUCAAACAGCACAACAGCCUGAGUCUUCGUGCAUCCAGGGAGUGUCAAAAUAAGGAGCGCUUGCUGGAGCAGAAGUUCCGUGCAGCCUUGCGAGACUUUCAGCAGUGGUUGAUCAAUGCCAAAAUCAGCACAGCCAAAUGCUUUGAUGUGCCACAGAGUGUCGCCGAGGCCGUCACCGCUCUGCAGAGGAUUCAAGAGUUCUUGAGUGACAGGGAGCACGGCCAGGCCAGGCUGAGUACAGUAGGAGCCAGUGGGGAGCUGCUCAUGGCUGUGAUGUCCAAAGACAGAAUGGAGGGAAUCAAGGGCAAGGUGGCAAACGCCAGAGAAGACUGGAAGAGCCUGAUGAAUAAUCUGCAGAUGAGGGAGGAGGCUCUCAAGAACCUGCAGUCCCAGAUGACGGAGUUUGAGGCUAGUGCUGAGCCUCUGCAGGACUGGCUGAACAGCACAGAGGUCAGAGUCCAGGAGAGCAGUGCUCGUCUCCACGACCUUCCAGCCAAGAAAAAGGAGCUCACCAAACUACAGUGUGUACUGGAGGAGAAGGCCAGUCGGGAGGCAGAAUUGGGCAAACUGAAGGAAAGAGCUCAUCGUCUCUGGGAGGGACAAGCAGCCGGCAAGGGCUUUGUCCACCGUGUAUCCCAGCUGUCCGCCCAGUACCUAGCCCUCAGCAACUUAACAAAGGACAAGGCCUCCAGGAUAGAGCGUAUUGUGGGAGAGCACCGCCUCUUCUCUCAGGACCUUAAAGAGCUCCAGGAUUGGGUGUGUGAAGCCCAGAGCGUCCUUAAAACAUGCAUCUCCACCACCACUGACAAGGGUGUGUUAGAAGAUCGAAUGCUACAGCUGGAAGCCUUACUGGCUGCUCGUCAGGAGAGGGAGAUCCAGCUCAAGAUGCUUCUGACGCGGGGGGAAGCGGUCCAGAGGAACACUUCGGCUGAGGGAGUCCCAGUAAUUCGCAAACAGAUCCAGGACCUCAAAGACUCAUGGGACUCUUUGCUCUCUGCCUCCAUUCAGUGUAAAAGCCAGAUGGAGGGCGCGUUGUCUCAAUGGACCAGCUAUCAGGAGGACGUGAGUCAGUUUGUGAUGUGGAUGGACCGGGUGGAGGAGACACUCAGCUGUUCAGACAGACAGUACUCUGAGAUGAGAGACAAGACUGCUAACCUGGGAAAGACCAAGCUUCUCUACGAGGAAGUACUGAGUCACAGCAGUCCUCUGGGAACCAUCGCCACAAAGGGGUCCAAUAUGGCAGAACACUACACUACCCAGCAGGAGGUGCAGCAGCUGCAGUGUAGAUACAACGCCCUUAAAGAAAAGACCAAGAAUGCGGUCAGCAAGGCCAAAGGCCUAGUGCUGGUCCAUCAGGAAUAUCAAAGGGGGUUGCAUGUGUUUGAGGACUGGCUGGAGCAGGAACAGGCCACUCUGGCUUCCUUGUCCCAUCCAGAUGGAAACGUGGAUACACUCGAGAAAACACUGCAACAGCUACAGCUCCUGCAAGAAUCCUGCUCAAAUGGCCAGUCUUUGCUCUCCUCUGUGCUGAACGGCCGAGAGAGAGUAAUCCCCUGGGGUAUACCUCAGAUCGAAGACAGAGUGCUGGACACUGCUCAGCAGGAGUGGGGGGCCUACCAGGGCCGUCUGGAGGAGACUCAGACUCAGCUGAGGACCACACUGACCAGACUGAGGCAGAUGGGCCAGAGGUUCCUGAGCCUCGCACAGUGGCUGGAGGAGAUGGAGAAGGCGGCAAAUAUCAGAGGUCACCGACGGUCGGACAGAGGCACCAAAGAGACACAGCUGAAGAAACUCAAGGGGUGUCUUGAGGCAGUGCUUGCACGGCAGGGAGAAGUCGAUGGCCUUUCCUCUCUGGCCCAGCAGGUUCUGGAGGAAACCUACAUCAGCAGUCGUGUCAGCGUCACUGCCACCCAGCUCACUGCCCGCUACCAUUCCCUGCUGCUCAACAUACAGGACACCAUUAAGCAGCUUCAGGAGGAGCUGAAGAGCAUCGAAGAGGCUGAGAAUCUUUGCGUGUCCUUCACUGAUUGGUUCAGCUCCACUCAGAAGAACUUCACAGCGUUGACUGACACUUCUGAACCCCUCGACCGACCCGCCAUGGAGAAGAAGAUUAAAAAACUAGAGGCUCUCCAGUCCGAGCUCCAACAUGGUCACUGUUUGCUGAAAUCACUGAGGGAGCGCGCAGAGCGGGCAGCAGGCUUCCUGGACGAUGCUAGAGCUGAGAUUUUAGGAGAGGAGGUAGAGGCUCGUCUUGCCGAGCUGGAGGAGCUCGCAGGUGGGCUGAGGCAGGAGCACAGCUUUCUACAGCGGGCAUUACUGAUGGCUAAGGAGUUUCAGGACCGAUAUAAGGCUCAAGCCCAGUGGCUGGUGGAAACCAGGGCACUGCUCAAAUCUCCUCUGGAGCCCAAGGCUGAACUAUACCAACGGAGAGCACUGCUGGCUAAGUACAAGGCUCUGCUGCAGAUGGUUCAGUCCCACGAUGAAUCCAUCAGGUCAGUGGUGGAGAAAGGAGACGCUCUGCUGGCCUCUGUGCACUACCCCUCCAUCAGAGAGAAAAUGAACAGGAUGCAAAGGGACUACACUGAACUCUGUCACACUGCUACGGCUCACGUGGAGAAUCUGGAAGGCCAGGUGAAGGAACAGGAAGCUUACCACAACGAACUCCAAGAAGUGGAGCGCUGGCUGCUCCAGAUGUCCAGCAGGAUGGUGACUCCUGAUCCCGCUGUGGGUGGCAGCCUGGAGGCAGCCACUCAACAGCUGUCCAGGCACAAGGCCAUCAUGGAGGAAAUAGCGGGCUUUGAGGAUCGCUUGGCAGCCCUGAAGAAGCGAGGAGACCACCUGGUACAAGGCUGCAGUGACCGUGUGCAGAGCAGGCUGAGACAGCAGGUCCAGGCUCACCAGCAAGGCACCAGAGACAGCUACUCGGCCAUCUGUAGCACAGCACAGAGAGUGUAUCAGAGUCUGGACCAUGAGCUACAGAGACAUGUGAGUCUCCAAGACACCCUACUGCAAUGCCAGAACUGGCUGACUUCUGCUUCAGAGGAACCAGAGCCUCCUGCCCAUCCUCCUCUCAGCCUGGAGGAGGCGCUACAGCAGGUGAAACAGCAACGCGCUCUCCAGGAACAGGCAAGCACUUACCUCCAGCUUGUGUGCUCAACAUGUGACUUGUCCGAAGUGAGGGUCAGGGGGACCGCGGCGGCUAUUCAGCAGGUCAAGCUGCAGAUUGAGGAGCGCAUGCUGCUCUGUGAGGAGGUAGCAGACAGCUGGAGGGACAUUGAGGAGCAGAAGGGGGAUCUGGAGGCCCAGCUGAGGGAGACAGAGCAGCAACUUCAGAACCUCAUCCGAAGACAUGCAGAGCUGGAGCCCAAGAUUGCACAAAACCAGCUGGACAAGGCACAGGAAUUCCUUCAGCAGAUUAGGGAGAGACAGUCCGAGGUGUCCCAUUUGACAGACGUCGUUGCUAAGAUGACAGACGGACAGGUCUCUCCUGCCCUGGAGGAGAUAAGGAGACUGAGGAGAAGCUGGAUGGAUCUGGGCCAGCGGGCAGAAGACCUGGAGUCUCAGCGGGGGGAGGACAUGCAGCGAAGUGGGGAGUACCAGGAGAUUGUUGUUGCUGUGGAGGAACUCUUCCACCAAGUAUCCAGGGAAUGGGACUACCUCGCAAGGGCUGACACAGAGAGUACUAGUGAGCAUCUAGAGGCUCUGAAGAAGCUCUCCAGUGACCUAGAAGAGCAGAGAGCAACUCUGGAAGACCUCAGAGAACAGAGACAAGCUAUCCUGCCACGACUCAGCCUGCUAGACAAGGAGCUGAUCAAGCAACAGGUUGGUCAUCUGGAGCAGCGCUGGGCCCAGCUUGAAACCCUGAUUCAACAGAAGAUCCAGGACUCCUCACAGACACUGGAGGAUCUUGCCCGGGUUGAAACCCAGCUAAAGGAUGCCCGGGAGUGGGUGGAGGAGCAGCGGCCUGCCUUCACCUCGGCGCUGAAAACCAGCCCAACCCCCGAUAUGGCCCAGAGUUUCCUGUUCGACCACCUGAGCGUGUGCGUAGAACUGGAGGCCCGUCAGCAGCUGCUGGGUCAGGCGGUAAGCGAGGCCCAGGCUGUGGCUUCCAGACUGGGGCUGAGUGAGAAGAGAUUCUUACAGGAGCUCGUUGAACAAGCCCAGACUGAGGUGGAGGCUCUCGGGGCUCGAGUAGCCCAAAGGAGGAAGUACCUCAGUAAGGCCUUCACGGAGAGGACGCAGUUCCUUCAAGGCCUGGGCAGAGCACUGUCCUGGAUACAGCAACAGGAGAGGAGGGCUUUGAUAGAUGACCACAUAGCGCUUCUCCCUGAGGACUUAACCAAACAGGUCGCCGCUUGUCGGGGCGUCCAGUGUGGUUUACGGGCGUACCAGAGAGAGCUGGCAUCUCUCUGGGCCCAAGGGCGAGAGAUUGAAAGAGAUGCCACAGACAAAGAGAGAGCAGAAACUGUGGAGAGGCUUGGAAAACUUCAGGCAGUGUUUGAAACCGCUUUUCACACAACAACCCAGCGUCUCACAGACCUGGAGAAAGCCUUGACCUCAAGGAAGUACUUCCAGGUUGACCUGGAAAAGAUCUGCCUCUGGUUGAGACGAGCAGAUGCCAUCACCUUCCCCGAAAUUAAUUUCAGCAACAUUGACGACAGCUCAGAGUUGCAAACACAACUGUCUAGCUUUCAGAAUGUCCUGGAACAAGCUUCUGAGUACGAGAACCUUCUUCUUAUCGUCCAAAGAAUAGGCCAGGAGAUCCUCCCUACUCUGAACGAGAUUGACCAUUGCUACCUGGAUGAGAGGCUCAACGCCUUGCCUCAGCAGUACAACGCCAUCUUGGCUCUCGCCAAAGAGAAAAAAGACAGAGUCCAGCAGGUCAUCUCGGAGCGGAAAGAAUUCAGCACUUUCUUUGAUAUCACUCGUAAUGCACUGGAGGAGCUUCAGGAGAAGUUUGACAAUCUGGAGAAGCAGACUAUCAAUACUAGUGAGGAGGAACUUGUCUGUCGUCUAAUUAAUGAAUACAGAACUAUUGAGGAAAGUUUAUUCCAUGUUAGUCCCGCGGUGAGAGAACUUCAUGGCAAAACGGAGGGGUUUCUCAGUUGGGGUCAGCAAUUUAGAGCUGCGGAAACACUGCAGCUGGUCAACCUCCACAACUCACUGAAAAAGAUUAACGAUCAGAAAAUUAAACACUUAGAUGGUUGCUUGAAACCACUACCUGAACACAAACGAGUGUCAACCAAGUUGGACUCGGAGUUCAAGUCGGCGAAAGAGAAGCUGGUGGGACUUAAGUCAGAUAGGGAACAGAGUGCCGUGGAUAGAAUCACAAAUCUCUAUUCACUGCUCGAAAGUCUGGAUUGCGUAGGCUCUGAAGCCGAAGAAUGUAACCGACAAAACAAAGGCCUCGGGCUGAAGUUGGAUCCCAAAGCUUUUCAGGAAACUGAACUGCAGCUUGAAUCAUUGCAGUCUCUACGGUGUGAAGUAAAGCGUUUUAUUGAUGAAAGUGAAACUGUCACAAAGGACGAAGAUUUCGCAGAAGAAACUGAGAAAUUGUUGGAAUGGCUCAGGACUAUCAAGGAGAAAUCGGAGGAGCCUUUGAGUCUUUCAGAGGUCAGAAUUGAGACGGUUAAUGAGGAGGUGCAAAAGCUGAAGGUUGUAGAGGAGGAAGUGAAAAGUAGAUUAAGGAUAGGAGAUGCUUUAGGCACAAGAGAAAAACAAAAGUAUUUUAGUAAGAACAAAACGGUUCCAGCCAACAUAGAAGAGAAACUACAGGAGCUGGCAAAGCUGGGAGCUGAAGUUCACCGAGGAAUUAGCAGAAAACAGCUGGCUGUGGAUCAAGCGCUUUCCCUGGUCCAGAGACACCGCUUAUCUCUGCAGUCCAUGCAGACGUGUCUGGACUCUGCUGCAGCUUUACUCCAGAGGAACAGCUCGGGGGUGGAUCUCGAGAACCAGGCAGAUUGUGUGUGGGAGGUUGAAGACGUUUCAGCCUGGGAAACAAACUUUACAACCGGUUUAGAGGAGCUCAGCACUUUGGAUCCUCUGCUCGAGGAUUUUGUGAAGGCAGAAGCGAUGGGUGAAUUUAGAGAAAAAGUUAAGGCGAUGCUGCUGAGAAAUACAGAAGUCAAACAGCAACUGGAUGCUUACAGACAGAUGCUGAAGAGUUGCACAGCUCUAUGGGCAUCCUUCCAGCACGAGAAGGAGAUGCUAGUUGAACAGAUGAAUGAUGCAGAGGGAAAGAUGGCCAUGUUCACAACAGCUAAAGCCAUGAGUAUCCAUCAAGCUGAGGAAAAGUGCCAGAGAUAUAAGUCUCUUGUGGCUCACAUCAAUCUGCUCGAGUUGCCUCUCAGCGCUUUGAAGGAGAAUACGAUAGAGUUGGAGCAGAUCGCCUCUGAGUCCAGCAAAGCUGUCACCGGACACUCAGUGUCGUCACUGUGGCAACGGUGGACCCGGCUCCGCAGUGUGGCCCGAGCCCAGGAGAGGGCUCUGGAGGACACUGCGAGGGAGUGGAGGACCUUCACUGACAAGAUGGAGAAAGUGCGCUCCGUGUCCCAAGACCUUCACAGUCGUGUCCCGGACAGCACAGUCGAGAGGGCUGCAACCAGGGCGGCGCUCCAGAGCCUCCUGGACUACCAUGACUCCUACGGCCUGGAGGUGGAGAGGGAGCAGUCCAUCCUGGCCCUGCUGAGGCAACAUACUCGCAGCCUCAGAGGAGAGGAGGAUGAGGCCAUGGAGGAAAAUGCAGUGAAUGGACUUGAGGAGACUCCUUGCCUACAACAGAUCAGAAGCAUGCAGGAGCAAUAUGACGGCCUUGUGUUGCGGGUACGAGCCAGCAGAGCGCAGCUACACCAGGAGUUGAGGGAGAGAGAGGAGGUUGAGAAGGAGCUGGGCUUGGUCAAAGGCUGGAUCCAGGAUACUCGGGGUUUACUGCUGAGUCCCAGCGCAGACCUGGAUUCACUGCUGCAAGAGCUAGAGACGGCACAUGGUGAGGUCAUCAGCAGGCGUCAGAGUGUGGAGCGCAUGACAGAGCUGCAACAAUCCAAGUACCAGGACCUCCAGGCGGGUCUUCCUUCUGAGCUCAGUAUGCAACUGGCUGAAGUGGCUCUGGCUCUGGGAUCCGCUGAAGACCAGGUCCAGGCGAGAGAACGGGAGGUUCAGCAGACCAGAGAUGUGAAAGAGGACUUCAGCCUCAGACUCCAGGACAUUGACGCGAAACUGAAGACCAUCGCUCUGAAAUUGGAAGACAAGGGCGCCGACCUGGAGGAGGCAAAAGAAGAGACCAAAGUUCUUUGUGAAGAAUGUCAAUGCUGUGGUCGCUCGGUGGCAGAGUUAGGAGUAGUGGUGCAGGAGUUUGGUGAGCAGAACCCUCUGCUGUGUAAGCAGCUGGGCGACGCCGUGGCCAAACUGACAGAGGUGCAGCGGCACACCACGCAGCAGGUGCAGGACAGAGCCAACAGACUGAAGAAGGCAGAGAGACAGGUGGAGGAAUAUCGGGGUAUGAAGGCAUUUAUUUUGGGCUGGACAGAGAAGGCAGAAGCUCUGGUGACUGGUGGUAUAAUCUGGGGGUCUGCGUCACAGAUGCAGGAGCAAAUUCGAGCACACCAGGCGUUGCUGCGGGAGUGCCGUGGUCUCCAUGGUGACUUGGAGGCCAUGGGGGAGAGGGAGGGGCAGCUAGGGGAGGUGUUGCAGACGGAGGGGUGGAUCCAGCAGGUGAAACACCUCAGCAGACACACCGAGGAGCUGCAGCAAACUGCCAAGACUCGCCUCCAGAGUCUGCAGGAUGCAGCAAAGGACAUGUUGCUUUUGGAGGCGGAGGUGAAGAUCCUCCAUGCUGCUGUAGACCAGAUCCAGAUCACACUUGCCUCGCCAGACCUCAACAGACUCAGCCUCAGAGAGCAGCUCACACAGAGACAGCGUCUGCUGGUGGAAAUGGAGGGCUUCAAGCAGCAGGUGGCGGCAGUACAGCAGUGUCAGAGCGCCCUCCGGCUUCCAGAGGAGGUAGUGGCCAGCCUGACUAUCUGCCGCACAGCUCAGAUUCUGCAGCAAGAAGCCAGCCAACUGCAGCACACCACCAUCCAGCAGUGCAACAUCCUGCAGGAGGCUGUGGUGCAGUACGAGCAGUAUGAACAGGAAGUAAAGAACCUCCAGAGAUUAAUAGAAGAGGCUCACCGCAUCAUCCAGGACCGACCCGUCUCCACCAAUAAUAUCCAGGAACUUCAGGCUCAAAUACACCACCAUGAGGAGCUGGGCCAGAAGAUCCGCAGCUACCAGGAGCAAAUAGCCUCGCUCCACUCCAAGUGUAAGAUGCUGACGGUGAAAGCCAAACACGCCACCAUGCUGCUGACGGUCAACGAGGUGGACGGCCAUUCGGACUGCAUGGAGGAGCUGAGUGAUGAGGAGCUGCCCGGUUCUCUGGCAACCACCAACGGUGCGGCCAACAAGCAGCUUCCAGCACACCCCUCUGUCGUCAUGAUGACAGCCGGCCGCUGCCACACACUUCUCUCCCCUGUGACGGAGGAGUCGGGGGAGGAGGGCACCAACAGCGAGGUCUCCUCUCCCCCUGCCUGUCGUUCCCCCUCCCCGGGGGCUAACGCUGACACUCCUCUUAGCCAGGGUCGAGGUGCCUUAAGCCGAGCGCCCCUCCGAGAGCUGUACGACCCGUCCAUGGAGACCAGUGCUGCCAACCUGGAUGACCUGCAGAGAUCCUGGGAAACACUCAAGAACGUGAUCAGCGAGAAGCAGAAGAGUCUAUACGAGGCUCUGGAGAGGCAGCAACACUAUCAGGAGUCGCUCCAGUCCAUUUCCACUAAGAUGGAGUCCAUCGAGGGAGCGCUCAAUGAGGGCCUGGAGCCUACCAAGAGCCCCGAGAGCCAGAUGGCUGCACACCAGGCUGUGAUGGAUGAGAUCCUGAUGCUGCAGGAAGAAAUCGGAGAGUUGCAAACGUGUUUCUCUGAGGAGCUGGCAGACAGCGACAGCGACGGGGAGCCUGGCGACCAACUGGCUCUCCAGUCGACCCUCACUGUGCUGGGAGAGAGGAUGGCCACCAUUCGAAUGAAGGCUUCUGGGAAACGGCAGCUGCUCGAGGAAAGACUAAGUGAACAGCUGGAAGAGCAGCGACAGGAACAGGCGCUGCAGCGGUACCACAACGAGGCCGAGGAGCUCGACCAUUGGUUGCUCAGCACUCGGGCCACUUUAAGCUCGGCCCUUCAGCCCCAAAAUGAGCACUUGGACAUGGAGGAGCAGCUCACCGACUGCCAGAAUAUGCUGUUUGAGAUCGAGCAGAAGGUGUCGUAUCUGUCGGAGCUCUCCGUCCACAGCGAGAGCUUACUGUUGGAGGGUCGGGCCGAGACCAAGGGCGAGGCGGAGCAACUCACCUUCAAACUGCACUCCCUCAAAGACAGCCUGAUGGAGCUGCAGCAGAUGCUGCAAGACAAACAAGUUGGCAUACAGGGUUCACUGCAGGAGCAGGAGGACAGUGAGCCAGACUCCUCUCUGUCCCAGAGUCCUAAUGUCCAGGAUUGGCUCUCCCAGGCCAGAUCCACACGCACACAGCAGUACCACGACAACCUCCUUCGACAGAGGGAGCUGCAGGAGCAAGUAGCUGAACAGAAGAGGCUCCUCCAGUCUGUAGCCAGCGUUGGAGAGGACUUACUCAGCCAACAGACCACACCUAAUGGAGACGGGGAGGUGUCCAUCCCAGGGGGAGUGUUACUGGAGUCAGACACGUUGUCUCCAUUGGACCAGAUGAGACAGCGCUGGGAAAACUUGAAUAAAGAUCAGAGCACAAAGCUGCAGCUCUCCCUCAACUCCAUGGAACAGGAUCAGCUUAGCCCGGUCCUCCAUCGGUCCUGUUUGCCCAGCCCCAGUCUGGUGUUUAGAAGCACGACUGCCAGCCAAGACUCUUGUUCUCCUAGAGCUUUGUUUGAGGCCUGCAGUCAGACUCUGGAAGGAAUUGCCAAUAAGACGGCGGAUGGUGACAGCAAACUGGCAGCGUCUUCAGGAGGUACAGCAGUCCAACAGGACCUGUAUGCUGCAGUUUCAGCGGCUUCCUCCUGGUUGGAUGCUGCUGAGAAUCAGCUGCUUUCUGGUCCUGUGUUGCUGUCUGAUGAUACGGAGACUCAACUUUCCAAUCUAGAGGGUCUGAAUAAACAGCUGAAAGUGAUGAGCUGGGAGGUAAACCAGUGCAGGGACUUUCUCGGUGGAGAAGCUGGCCGUCUGUGUGGAGGAGACGAGCAAGCCCUGAUGGAGGACACACUGGAGGGCCUGCAAGAGAGGAUGGGCCUGCUUGACUCCACCCUUGAACAGCAUUGUGAUGCUAUGAGGGACAGGCUACAGGAAUACUCAAGCUUCCAGAAUGAACUCAGGAAGCUGUUCACUGCUCUUGGUGAAAGGAAACACCUGCUGCUACAGAAGAUGGCGGGAACUGUGGACCGUCCUGCAUCCAAACAGAUAGAGACAUUAUCAGAGGUAGAGGAGAGUCUGAGAGAGUUUGACCAGAGAGUGACUGAGCUGAAGACCAAAGCAGAGGGACUCCAAUCUGACCAAAUCUCCAACCAGGAACUUCUCAAACUACAGGAUGCAUACGAGGAGCUGGUUCUCAUGGUGGCUUCCAGACGCAGCAGCCUCAACCACGGGUUGUCUCUGAAGGCUCAGUACGAAGCCGCACUUCAUGACCUCACAGACCUGGUGGACACCGCCCAGGACAAGAUGGCUGCCGAUCAGAAGAUGACUGUGGCUUCCGUCGUAGAGGUCCGGAUGUUACUGGACAAACACAAAGAGUAUUUCCAGGGUCUGGAAUGCCAUAUGAUCCUCACCCAGGCGUUCUACACUAAAGUGACUAGUCUGGUGCCUCAGAGGGAAAGCCAGGCCCUGGAGGAGACCAUGGCCUUAGCCCACAGUGUGCUCAAGCAGGCCCACAGGAGGGGAGUGGAGCUAGAGGGCAUCUUGGAGUCAUGGAGCAAGCUUGUGGAAGACUACCAGGCUGUAUGCAGGCAGCUGGAGGCUGUGGAGUGUAGCAUUCCUACUGUGGGCCUGGUAGAGGAGACGGAGGAAAGACUUGUUGAAAGAAUUGGCCUCUUCCAGCGUCUGAAGGCCAGCCUGACGGAGCAUCAGUCCCAGCUGUACCAGGUCCUGGAGGAGGGUAAGAGGCUCCUCCUGUCUGUUGGCUGCUCAGACUUGGAGAACCAGCUGAACCAGCUGGGAGAUCACUGGCUCUCCUCCACUACCAAGGUCAACAAGGAGCUGCACCGCCUCGAUUCCACGCUUAAACACUGGAGCAGGUACCAGAGUGAGUCAGCAGAGUUGAGCCACUGGUUGCGAUCGGCCCUGGACCAGCUGGAGUUCUGGACAACACAGUCAGUGACGGUGCCUCAGGAGCUGGAGACCGUCAGAGAUCACCUCUGUGCCUUCCUGGAGUUUUCCAAAGAAGUGGAUGCUAAGUCGUCCUUGCGCUCAUCUGUGCUUAGUACAGGCAACCAGCUGCUGCGAUUAAAAAGAGUGGAUACAGCGAGUCUCCGGACGGCAUUGGGCCACAUUGACACUCAGUGGGCUGAGCUGUUGACUCAUAUUCCUGUAGUACAAGAGAAGCUACACCAGUUGCAGAUGGAGAAGCUGGCAUCCCGGCAUGCCAUCACAGAGCUGAUGAGCUGGAUCUCGCUUUUGGAAAACCUCAUUCGGGAGGACCAGGACAAAAUCAUGGGAGCUGUAGGCUCAGAGUUGGUCCAGGGCUUCUUACAGAAGUACAAGGGUUUCCGCAUUGAUCUGACCUGUAAGCAGUUGACUGUGGACUUUGUAAACCAGUCAGUGCUGCAGAUCAGCAGUCAAGAUGUGGAGGGAAAGCGCAGUGACAAAACAGACUUUGCUGAGAAGCUGGGAGCCAUGAACAGAAGAUGGCAGAUUCUACAGGGGCUCAUUGCUGAGAAGAUUCAGCUUUUGGAAGGACUUUUGGAAGGUUGGUUGGAACAUGAAAAUGGAGUUCAGGCAUUGAAUACCUGGCUGACACUACAGGAGGACAAACUGAAGAAGAGACACAAGAUAGAGGAUGUAGCAUCUGUGCAGAACGCACUUAAAGACUGUCAGGAGUUGGAGGAAUUAGUGAAGGAAAAAGAGAAGGAACGAGAGAAAGCAGAGGAACGAGGAAACUCUCUCAUCCAGGAUAAGACAGGAGCAGCUUGCUCUGUUGUCAAGGAGACCCUACAAAGAUUAAACCAGUCCUGGGCUCAUUUGGACCACAUGAUAAGCCAGAUGAAGGUGAGCCUGCGGUUGAUGCUGGAGCAGUGGACGCUGUACCGGCGAGCUUCAGAGGAGAUUAAUGGUUACCUAAUGGAGGGGAGGUACUCUGUGGCCAGGCUGUGUCUGCUAAAUGGGUCUCUUGAGGCAGUGCAGCAACAGGUGGAGAGUCUGGAGAACCUGCAGUACGAGAUGGACAAACAGGAGAGCAGCUUGAAGAAGUUUGUCUCCGUAACACACCAGCUACUGACAGAGUGUCACCCAUCUGUAGCUGACACCCUCAACACAGCCCUCCAGGAAGUCAACAUUAGGUGGAACAGCCUACUCGAGCAGAUCUCAGAGCAGCUGAGAAGCUGUAAAGCACUAUUGGGGCUGUGGCAGCGCUACAGGUCAUCGUGUGGCCAGUGUGCGACAGCAGUUCAGAAACAGGAAGAACGUGCUGAUCGCCUGCUGAAGAGCGCCACCGACCGGGAGAUCACAGAGGAGGAGAGCAGCACCUGGAUAAUGGACUGCGAUGCGUGUCUUCGGGACCAGGCGUCAGUGCAACAAUCCCUCAAGCAGCUGCAGGCUUUAGCGGAGCAGCUGAAGAGCCAAGUCGACGCCUCCUCUUCUGCAGCCCUCCAGUCCGACCACCUGUCGCUCACACAACGCCUAGCAACGCUGGAGCACGCCCUUCACAGGCAGCAGGAAGUAAUGCAGUCUGGUUCUCAGUCCUGUGAGGGUUUCAGAGAGCAGCUGGACACUCUGAUCUGUGAGGCUGAGGAGGCCGAAGAGAUUCUGAAGGAGUCCGACCCAGUCGGCUCACCAGAGCUCAUUCUGGUCGAGACACGUAUGGAAAGAUUGAGGGUUUACUUGUUGAAGCUGAGCAGCCUAUCUCCAGACCUGGAGCGUGUUAACGAGUCGGUGUACAGACUGCCAGUCAGUGACAGAGACGUUAAACGGCUGCAAAGUCUGAACAGAGCCUGGGCCGCUCACUCCGCUCACCUCUCUGAGAGGUUCAGUAAACUGCAGGCAGUGUUGCUCCAGCAGCAGAGUUUCCUCCAGAAGUGUGAGGUGUGGAUGGAGUUCCUGUCGCAGACCGAACGGAAGCUGGCUGUUGACAUUUCAGGAAACUACCUCGAUCUGGUGGAGCAGCAGAGGGAGCAUGAGUUGUUCCAGGCAGAGAUGUUUAGCAGGCAACAGAUUCUCUACUCAAUCAUCAAUGAUGGCCAUCAUAUGUUGGAACAGGGACAAGUGGACGACAGAGACGAUUUCAGUGUGAAGCUGGCCUUGUUAAGCAAUCAGUGGCAAGGUGUGGUGAGACGGGCCCAGCAACGAAGGGGCAUUAUUGAUAGUCUGGUCCGCCAGUGGCAGAACUACCGGGAGAUGGCAGAGAAGCUGCUACAAUGGCUCCAAGAAGUGACUUCUGAUACGGAUGAACAUCAGCCAGGGGAACCAGUCGCCUUGCAGCAGGCCAGAAACCUGUUGGAUCAGAUUCAGCUGAGGGAGCGAGUGCUGCACAGGCAGCAGGGAGGCUACAUCCUGACGGUGGAGGCCGGCAGGAGCCUGCUGUUGUCGGCCGAUGACAGGACCGAGUCCACCCUGCAGACGGAGUUGAUGGAGAUUCAGGACAGGUGGAGACACGCCCACCACCGCCUGGACAAGCGGAGGAGGGAGCUGCACGGCUUGCUCAAGAACUGGGAGCGAUGUGACAAGGGCAUAAAUGUUUCACUGGAGAAGUUGAGGACCUUUAAGAGGAAGCUGUCUGUGCCGCUGCCUGACCACCACGAGGAGCUGCACUCAGAGCAAAUCCGAUGCAAGGAGUUGGAGAGCAGUGUGGAGGGCUGGACCGAUGACAUCACUUCCUUGUUCCUGCUGAGGGAGUCCUUGGAGGGCGUGGUCAGUGCCGAUGACAUCACAGUCCUUCGGGAACGCCUCCAGCUACUACAGCGUCAGUGGGGGGAGGUCUGCCACCAGCUUUCGCUGCGUAGGCAGCAGGUGAGCGAGAAGUUGAAUGAAUGGGCAGUGUUCAAUGAGAAAAACAAGGAGCUGUGUGAAUGGCUCACACAGAUGGAGAGCAAGGUCUCUCAGAAUGGCGACAUCAGCAUUGAAGAGAUGAUCGAAAAGCUGCGCAAGGACUACCAAGAGGAGAUCGGUGAAGCUCAGGAAAACAAGCAGCAGCUGCAGAUUAUGGGCGCACGCCUGGCCGGGUCCAGCCAAGAGAGCAAGGCAGCUGAGAUCCAACACAAACUCGGCAAGGUCAGCGAGCGUUGGCAACACCUGCUGGACCUCAUUGCCGCCAGGGUAAAGAAGUUGAGGGAGACCCUUGUGGCGGUGCAGCAGUUAGACAAAAACAUGAGCAGCCUGCGUUCAUGGCUGGCUCACAUUGAGACGGAGCUUUCCAGGCCCAUCGUCUACGACACCUGUGACGACCAGGAGAUUCAGAGGAAACUCAACCAGCAGCAGGAGCUGCAGAGGGACAUAGAGAAACACAGCACGGGAGUGGCGUCAGUGUUGAACCUGUGUGAAGUCCUGCUCCACGACUGCGACGCCUGCUCCACAGAGACCGAGUGUGACUCCAUCCAGCAGGCCACCAGAGGACUGGACAGACGCUGGAGGAACAUCUGUGCCAUGUCCAUGGAGAGGAGGCUCAAGAUCGAGGAGACGUGGAGGUUGUGGCAGAGGUUUCUGGAUGAUUACUUCAGAUUUGAAGAUUGGCUGAAGACGUCAGAAAGAACCGCAGCUCUGCCAAACUCCGCUGGAGUUCUGUAUACUGUCGCUAAAGAGGAGCUGAAAAAGUUUGAGGCCUUUCAGCGUCAGGUCCAGGAGUGCCUCACCCAGCUGGAGCUCAUUAACAAACAGUACCGUCGCCUGGCCCGGGAGAACCGCACAGACUCGUCCUGCCGACUCAGGGAAAUGGUGCAUGAUGGAAACAGGCGAUGGGAUAACCUGCAGAGAAGGGUGACCGCUAUCUUACGCAGACUCAAGCAUUUCAUCAGCCAGAGGGAGGAGUUUGAAACUGCACGAGACAAUAUGCUGGUGUGGCUGACUGAGAUGGACCUCCAACUGACCAACAUAGAGCACUUCUCUGAGUGUGACGUACAGGCCAAGAUAAAACAGCUCAGGGCUUUCCAGCAAGAGAUCUAUCUGAACACGGGGACGAUCGAUCUGGUGUUCAGACAGGGGGAAGCUCUGAUUAAAAAGAGUGAACCUCUGGACGCGGCCGUCAUCGAGGAAGAGCUGGAGGAGCUGCAGAGAUACUGUCAGGAGGUUUUUGGACGAAUCGACAGAUACUACAAGAAACUCACUCGACUGCCUCUGGCCGACGACGAGCUCGAUGGUUCGGACAGAGAGCUGGACAUGGAAGAAGGCGGCGAGCUCUCCGAGCUGCAGUGGGGUGACUCUUCUCUGCCCCGGACGUCCAGCCGCCCGGCCUCCGGCACGACCGCCCUUAUCCGGGCGGAUCGCUCGGGACGGGACACGCCGGCCAGCGUGGACUCCAUCCCGUUGGAGUGGGACCACGACUACGACCUGAGCAGAGGUCUGGACAGCCCCGGGGGACGAGGCGGGGAAAGGAGCCGAGCGCAAGAGGAGGAAGAUGAGUAUCUGAGGACGGCUGCCGCAGUGCUGUCAGAUGUAGUUAUCCCAGAGAGCCCAGAGGCCUAUAUAAAACUGACUGAGGACACAUUGAAAUCGUCCUCCGGUGAGUCGGGCCAGCUGGAGGCCAGUCUCAGGCAGCUGGAUCAGGCUCUGGAUGCGGGGCGGUACCACCUCCAGCAGAGGGAGUCCACCGUCAACAGCUCAAGCCCCGACGUCGACUCCACGUACAUGGGCUACAUGCGUCUGAUGGGAGAGUGCCGAGGCAGUAUAGAUGCCGUCAAGAGGGCGGAGGGAGAGCUGACUGAAGACGAGGACGACAUGCCAGGACUCACCAACCCCACCAGCACAGACGGUCAAAGCGCAGGUGUGAUCAAGCGCUGGGAGCUGAUCCAGGCUCAGACUCUGAGUGACAAGCACAGGCACAAGCAGAACCUGCAGCAGUGGCAGCAGCUGAUGUCCGAUCUGCGGACCAUGUGGGGCUGGCUGGGUCAGUCUGAGGCUGAACUCAACCAGCUGCGAGGGCUCCAGCUCAGCACCGACAUACACACCAUCCAGCAGAGGAUCAAGAAGCUCAAGGAGCUGCUGAAAGGGCUCGAUGCCCACAAGUCAGAGGUCCUGUCCAUCAAUCUGAGCAGUGCUGAGUUCUUCCAAUCAGAGCCUGACUCCGAGGAGGCGUGGGAGCUGAGGGACAGGCUGAAAGAGAUGAACACGCGCUGGGAUCGACUGGGUUCCUCCCUGGAGCACUGGAGGGAGGAGCUACAGAGGGCGCUGAUGCAGUGCCAGGAGUUCCAUGAGAUGAGCCACGGCCUGCUGCUGUGGCUGGAGAACAUCGACCGCAGGAGAAACGAGGUGGUGCCGGUUCCCCCCAAACUGAGCCGUGACACAUUGCGAGCUCAUCACAAAACACUGACGAAAAUCCAGCAAGAGCUGCUGGACUCACAGCAGAAGGUAUCGUCUCUUCAGGAGCUGUCAGCUCAGCUGCUGGUCAACACCAAACCCUCGACGCUGCUGCUGCAGUCGACGGGCUCGGAGCAGACGCGGGCUCAGGGCGGCGAGUGUCUGGAGGCCCGGGAGAAGGUGCACGUGAUCCUGAACAGGCUGAGGCUGCUCCUGAGGGAGGUCAGCUCGGACCUCGAGGAGCUGGAGAGGAGACUGGAGACAAAGGACACGCGGCAGGAUUGCUUAGCGUUGCCUGUCGGCAAGUCGGAAAUCUGUGGAUCAGCUGGUGCCGAGUCAGAGGUGACUGUCAAAAGUCGCAAGCGAUCGCCUCGAGGCAAAAGUAGUCAGGCCCACCAAGGACACCCUAAGAGCGGCCCGCGCCACAGCCGGAGCAGAUCACCAAGCGCCGCUGGCUGCGUUUCCUCCCGUUCUGACCUUCCGGAUGGCGUUUCCUCCUCCUCCUCAAAAGGCCAGUCCUUCCUGCUGCGGGUCCUCAGGGCCGCGCUUCCCGUCCAGUUGAUCCUCCUGCUCUUGAUUGGUCUCGCCUGCCUGGUGCCCAUGACGGAGGAGGACUACAGCUGCCACCACGCCAACAACUUUGCCCGCUCCUUCCACCCCAUGUUGCGCUACACCAACGGACCUCCACCCAUCUGAAUCAAGCAGCUGAACUAGCUGAUCUACCAGCUGCUUUGCUGAGGACUCCACUGAAUGUUUCCUCUUCACCCAGUGCCCUGAAGUAACAAACCCUGCUAUCAUGCUUUACGAAGUGAUUCAGAGGUGAUACCAAGACUUCUCUCUGUUACGUUGCUCACCGCGAAAUCACCUCAACCCUUUAAAUCCACUCUCCAGAAUAGAUCGACGUUCAUUUGGAGAACCCCCUUUUCUCAAUCUAGGUAUUCCCUGCCGUUUUAAACUAAAUGAGUGUAUAAUUUUUCAAGGUGUAUGAAGAAUCCUGAGAAAACAAUGAGAACAAAAGCACUAUUUAUAUACUGUAUGUUGGGCGCCAAAGUCGACCGUGCUUUUUGUCAAUGAUAUCCAGGGCUGCUACUAUUUAUUUAAGGUUCGAUCCGUUUAUAGAUUGUAUUCAGUAUUGAUUCAACUACAGAACUCCCUUGAGUGUGGGGUAUUGUGCCUCCGUUUCAGUAGCAACCAGUCUCAGAUGUCAAGUUUGUUACUAACAGACACAUUUGGAAAAAACACUCGGACCCGACGACUGAAACAGCAUAAAAAUCAGCUCAAGAGGAGUACUUCUAAAUGCGGUUGAACUAAAAAGGAACCUAGAGCACUGACAUGAGCACUGUCUGAGUUACUUGCUCUGAAGACGGCCGACUUCUUUCCCCAAUCGCUGAGGCAUUUAUUCCUGUUUUGAAUUUCAGUAUUUUAUUUGGGGAUGAAAAAGAGAUAGCUCUUAACAGAUAGAAGUAUGUUUGUUGAAAUGCCUUUUGAAUACAGGCAGUUAUUUUUGUAUUUAAGUCCCCUGCUUUUAAGAAGGCCAAACAAUCACUGGUAGUGUUUAGUAGACGCCUGCAACAUCAAAUAGUGAGCUUUGUAAUGACUGCGACAAUUAUUCUGCGCAUCAGAAUCUGUAAAAAAAAAAAAAAGAAAUGAAAUAUGAAUGUUAUUUAUGUAUGUACAGUUUGCUAAUGCCAAGUUCAUGAAGAAUACUCUUUGCAAAUAAUAAAACAUGAAUUAUUUAA